GCGAGGAAAGAAAAGGAACAUUAUAACUAAACACCCCUACAAAAGUUCCCAAACACAAAAAAAAAAAAACAAAUCAAACCAAAGCCACCCCUUUUACACACAAAAUUGAAUCAUCCCACAAUAAAUCAAGAAACAAACAAACAAACACACACAAACAUCAAAGUUUCCAUGAAUGAACCCUUCUCUCUUAAUCCAAAAUCCAACAACAACCCAGCACCCCCAUUACCCCCAUUUCCAUCAUGUCCACAACACAAUCAGAAAAACAAACUCUUUUCAUUACCUCACUCAUCAUCUUUUGGUACUCAUCCAACAUUGGUGUCCUUCUUCUCAACAAACUUUUACUUUCCAAUUAUGGUUUCUCUUUCCCAAUCUUUCUCACUAUGUGUCAUAUGUCUGCUUGUGCUGUUCUUAGCUAUGUCUCCAUUGUUUUCUUAAAGAUUGUACCUUUUCAAAGGAUCAAAUCAAGAUCCCAAUUUUUAAGAAUUGCCACACUUAGUCUUGUCUUUUGUGGGUCUGUGGUGGGUGGUAAUAUUUCUUUAAGGUAUUUACCUGUUUCAUUCAAUCAAGCUGUGGGUGCUACGACGCCGUUUUUCACUGCAUUGUUUGCUUAUCUUAUCACCAUGAAGAGGGAAGCUUGGCUUACCUAUGGUUGUCUUGUUCCUGUGGUUGCUGGUGUUGUGAUUGCAAGUGGGGGCGAGCCUAAUUAUCUUUAUGGAUUCAUUAUGUGUAUAGGUGCAACUGCUGCUCGUGCAUUUAAGUCUGUUCUUCAGGGCGUUCUGCUUUCCUCUGAAGGGGAAAAAUUGAACUCCAUGAAUCUGCUGCUUUACAUGUCACCAAUUGCUGUUCUAGUUUUAUUGCCCGCAGCAAUCAUAAUGGAGCCCAAUGUGAUAGAUGUCACGGCGACACUUGCAACCGAACAUAGAUACCUUGGCAUACUUAUUUUGGUCAAUUCUGCAAUGGCAUAUGGAGCCAAUUUGUUGAACUUUUUGGUGACAAAGCAUACCAGUGCAUUAACACUCCAGGUCCUAGGAAACGCUAAAGGUGCUGUGGCUGUUGUUAUAUCAAUACUUCUUUUCCGAAACCCUGUAACUUUUACUGGAAUCGCAGGCUAUACAUUGACCGUGAUGGGGGUUGUUGCUUAUGGAGAAGCCAAAAGAAGACAUAAAUGA